UGAAAACAAGUGUAAGUCUACCGAAUUUAUCUGACAAUAUAUUCAACAAAGUGAUUUUUACUGACUCAAGUUAUUAUUUUUGUAACGUACAGAAACAUUUAUCAAGUUUUGAUUUUAGAUUAUUUGACAAGGAAAAAUUAGUAUACCAAAAGAUAAAAAGCAAGAUAUAACAUCACAAUAGAUGAUAAGAAAGAAAAAUUAUGCAACCAGAAAGCCACUUUGAUGAUUCCAGUAUAAAGAAUCUGAUUGAAAGAAUGAAAGGUGCAUGUAUGGUAAAACCAGAGAGCAUCUCUGAGACGACAAAGGACUCUUCGAUGACAUCAACAUCGUUAGGAGGAACAUACAGUUUGUACGGAUUGUCACCAAGAAAAGUAGAACAUACCUUCCAUGAUAAUGCCACUCAGUCAUCAUCAGCAACGGAAAACAGUAGUUGCUAUCAAUUCACCAGGAACAAGAUGGGUUAUGCAAUAUUCAUAAUUAAUUCUGAGUUUCAAUAUGAAAAAGAUCGCCAAUAUGCUGUUAAAGACCGUGAAAAUAUGACAGAAUUGUUUCAGCUAUUAGGAUUUGCGAUAAAACUUUUAGAAAAUAAGUCUAAAAAGGAAUUGCUCGAGGAGCUUGAAGAUAUCAGAAAUGAAAUAGGCAUCGAUCAUGACUGUAUGGCGUGUAUAAUCAGCUCACACGGCUUAGAAAAAGACACAGAAAGCAACGGGAGACAACACGAAAUUAGUACUAAGGACAGCACAGUGUUAACAAAAGAUAUACUUAACAACUUUGCUGACGACAAAUGUGAAAAUUUGAAAGGGAAGCCUAAAAUGUUUUUCAUUUAGGCAUGUCGAUGUUUAAAAGAUUCUCCCGAAACUUCCCAUUACGACUAUGGAUUUGAUAUUCCAAGUAAACAUGCACAGAUCUCGUGUCACUACGACGAGAAGUCAUCUAUGGAUCAAGAAUCUGUUUUCCAAAUACCAUGUAGCGAGGAUUUUUUGGUUAUGUUUACCUGUUCUCCUGGUUUGUAGUUUGAAAGAAGUAUUUUUCAAAUAUUCUAUAUUUACCAUUUCUGGAAUGAAAUUAAAAUUAAUGAAUACAUUGAUUCUGUUAAUUGUUUGUUUAACGAUGUCAACAGCUUCUAAGUAUGAAACAAUACUAGGUUUAAGGAUGAUUUGUGUAUCCUUUUCGAAAAAAUAAAAAAUUGCCACAUCUCGUUUCAGUAAAAAUCUUUAUAAAU